AUGGCAUAAGCUUAGGCAUUGGCUGGAGAGAAUUACGAAUUCAAAGCUGCUCCUGAAGUUGUGAGACCCAAACCAAAAUACAGACAAUAACCUUUAUAAUCUUCGGAUGAUCAAAAAAACAGUUCAUUGUUGGGAAGCAAUAUCAUGUUUGAUAAAAGGGUAGUCAGGGGAAAUACUUAUGCAAGUGUGUAAACAUAAGGUGAUAAGAAAUUAAUGACACUUAAAUCAUUCAAAAAACCAUAACAAAAAGCAGCUUAAUAACCAUAGACAACCUAUUUACAUCCAAGCACUCCUAGACCAUUUUAAAAUCGUGUUAACAUUGAUAUCUAAACUGAUGAAUAUUUAGAAAUAUUGACAGAUAAACCACCUGAAUAAGAGAUGGAUGCAUAAACUGACUACUAUAUUGAUAAACCACCUGAUAGAUUAUUUGUUCCCAAGAAGAAUGGCAUAGAUAAAGAAACUCAAAUUUGGGAAGGAGAUCUCUUUGAUUUUGAUUAGGAAGUAGAACCAAUUUUAUAGGUCUUAAUGAAUAAGAUAUUGGAACAGUCGAGAAUGGAAGUCUUAGAAGAAGAAGAAAUUAAGUUAAUGAAACACUAAUAGAAAUAACAUGAAAAACAAAAGACUUCUGUAUUAUCAGAAAUGCAAAGAUUGGAGGCCGUUUAAUAGAGAUUAGAUUAAGAGGAGGCAAGAAGAAAAUUGCAAUAUGAAACUUUUUUAAAAAUAUAAAAGCAAAGCCAUUAAAAAAUAGUUUGCAGAAAUCUAUCAAAAUCUCUUAUAAAUCCCCUUAAAUAAAAUACAAUCAAGAAGUUAUAGGAUUUGGGUGUUUUUCGAGAUCCCCUGGAAACAGCCUUAUUAUAUGAGUAUAUACCAUGGGUUUAUGAAAAUGUGUUAAGUUAGUUAGUUGAUGAAAAUGACAAUGCUUCCAAUUUUAAUAAUAUAUUAAAUAAUAUGGAAGAAACAAUUACUAUAGAACAUUCGAAUUCAUUGAAAAGAAGGUAAUAACAGAUAGAUGACAAAUACGAAGAAAUUGCUAGAAAAAAAAGAGAGAAGAUAGAAAAAAAAAGAAUGGAGGAGGAAAGAAGACUUAAGGAAAUCGAGGAUUAAAGAUUAGCUGAAGAGGAAGCUGCUAGAUAGGCAGAAUAAGAAAUUUUGGAUUAGUAAUAAGAAAAUUAAUAAUAAUAAUAAUUAUAGUCAUGA